UGUACGAAGGAGAAGGGAUGGCGCAGACCAGUCUUCUGCUGAGAUUAAACUGCAGGGAAUACAAGAACUGGAUGAAGGCCGGAUAUUGUCUGCAGAUAUUACAGAGCCGCCUGCAGGGCUUCAUAGACUCGGAGAUGAAGACAUUCCACCGGCACCUCACCGCAAACAUCUCCCGAGCAGGCGGCCCACAAAGACAGAGGUGUCAGUGCAGAGCCAAAGGGAAGCAGUUCCAUCCUAACUGUCCUGUGUGCAUGAAGUUGAAGGAGCUCAUUCUGCUUCACCAUAACAACAGAAAUGGAGAAAUACAUUGGGGGAACUGUGAUCCAUCCCUGUGGCCUACACAAUACUGGGAGGUGGCAAAGGUGUACUUACCACGUGGACACACAAAUUCCAAAGGACCCCAGCAAUGUGAUGCUGCAGCUAUCCUCAAUCUAAUUAAUUCCUGUGAUCACUUUAAUGUGUCAAACAUCUCAAAAGUUCGAGAGGUCAUAAAGUGUAGAAAUGACUUGAUGCAUUCCUCUGAUAUGAAGGUUUCCUCUUCUUGGCUGAGUUCCUUUGGACAGAAGCUACAAGAAUUAAUCUCUGAAUUAGGACAUGUUCCCAACCUUAAAAAGGAAUCCGAUCAAAUAAAAAAGGUCUUAUCAUCAGAUUGGUCUGUUAAAGAUUUAUCUCUGCAUGAAGUUGAUGGAUUUGGUGCAGAACCAGAUGGAGGUGAAAAUGUCUACAUAGGAAACUCAUCACUAGAUGGCUUAUCUCUUAAUGAACUUGAGAUACAACUUGUAAAUCAAUUGCUAGAGGAAAUAUAUCUUGAAAAAGAAGAAAACGGGGCUUUAUCAGAAGAGGACCAAGAUGCUGUAAUCAAAAUGAAGACCUUCUUAACAGAGAACAAAGACCUUUUGUCUGUUUUCCAAGAAGACCUGGAAAAACUUGAACACUUGCUGAAUUAACGUCUCAUGCUUCAUGCG